AUGGCGUUACAGUGCCAAUGCAUAUUCACUAUCCAUAACAACAGUAUUAUUGAGGGUGAGAGAAAAUCAAGCAGAGGAAAAGAAAAGCGCUGUGCAAUUCCUGCAGAUAUCAGUAUACUCUGCAGAGAAGGACGAUUAAAAGAUGCAUUGAGCAUCCUGCAUAGGAUGCAGGACAGAGGCAUUCCACUCCACUCCAAUGUGUAUGUCCAGCUGGCGGAGGAGUGCGCCUUCAGGAAUGCACUCUCCAUGGGCAAGCAACUCCAUGCCUCCAUUCCCACCGCCACACUCCGCCAUGAUCGACGCUUAAAUGCCAAACUCCUUUCUAUGUACUUGUCCUGUUCUAGCAUGUCAGAUGCACGCCAAUUGUUUGACAAAAUACCCAGUCCGAAUACCUACUUGUAUACUGAAAUGAUUAAAGGGUACGGCAAGAAUGGGCUAUAUCAGGAGGCACUUGAUCUACACGAUCAAAUGAAGUGGGCAGGCGUGGAGUCUGAUUCUUUCACCUAUCCGUUACUUCUCAAUGCUUGUACUGCUUUGUCCAAUCUGCAAAGAGGAAAACAGAUUCAUGACUGCAUUAGUAGAGAUGGACUGGAUACAAAUGAUUAUGUGGCCUCCUCACUUAUAAACAUGUAUAUACAAUGUGGAAGGAUUGAUAUUGCGCGCCAAGUGUUCGGUAAAAUUUCUCGAAAAAAUGUGGCUUCGUGGAAUGCAAUGAUAGCAGGAUGUGCCAAGAAUAGGCAUACAAAUGAGUCAUUGAGAAUUUUUGGUCGCAUGGUGUUGGAUGGUGUGAAGCCAAAUUUGGUCACUAUUUUGAGCAUUCUACCUGCUUGUACUCAGUUAGAAGCAAUUCAACAGGGUAAGCAAAUCCACAAAUAUGUUCUCAAAGCUGGGUUUGAGUCGAACCUUUCUGUAGGAAAUGCUCUUAUAUUUCUGUAUGCCAAAUGCAAAAGAAUGGAUGUAGCGCGCCAUGUGUUUGAGAGAAUGGUUGACAAAGAUGUUAUCUCGUGGACAUCAAUGAUUUCAGGAUAUGCUCAGAGUAAAGACGCUACUCAAGCCUUUCAACUCUUUUCCCAAAUGCAUCUUGCCGGGGCAAAGCUUGACGUUCUCACCAUCCUUUCUAUUAUAGCUGCAUGUACAAACAUUUCCUUGUUGCCAAAGGGUAAGGAGAUUCAUGCUCAUGCUAUUAGAAGCGGUUUUGUGUUUGAUGUUCUUGUAGCAAAUGCCCUGAUAGGUAUGUAUGCGAAAUGCUGCGCUAUACAUAUUGCACGCAAAGUGUUCGACAAAAUGCCUUACAGAAAUGUGGUUUCUUGGACUGCAAUGGUUGCUGGGUAUGUCAAGAAUAGGUAUGAUAAUGAAGCUUUGAAUCUUUUUCGGAAAAUAAAAUUGAAAGUCGAUCCUGUAACCAUUGCCAGUGUACUUCCAGCGGCUGCGCACUUAGCAUCUCUGGAGAACGGGAAAGAACUUCAUGGUUAUGCAAUAAAAAAUGGAUUUGAAUCUGACAUUUUUGUGGGAAGUGCCCUGAUAGACAUGUAUGCUAAAUGUGGUAGCAUAGAGCUUUCACGACAAGUGUUUGAUAGAAUCUCUCCCAAGAAUGUGGUCUCAUGGAAUGCAAUGAUUACUGGAUAUGGAUUGCAUGGGAUGGGUAUGGAGAUGCUUGACCUAUUUGUUGAAAUGGAUCGGAUAGGUAUGCAGCCAACCUAUGUCACUUUUGUUUCCGUGCUAUCUGCCUGCAGCCAUACAGGUUUGAUGGAUCAAGGCUGGAAGUACUUCAAUGCUAUGACUAAAGAUUAUGGCAUAACACCCAGGAUGGAGCACUAUGCGUGCAUGGUAGACCUUCUAUCCCGGGCUGGCCAUCUGGAUGAGGCACUUGACUUUAUUCAAAAAAUGCCUAUGGAACCUGAUGCUACCGUAUGGGGAGCAUUGCUAGCUGCAUGCAGAGUUUAUUGCAAUGUUGAACUAGCAGAACAUGCUGCAGAACGACUUCUUUACUUAGAGCCCGAAAAUCCAGCGAAUAGAAUACUUCUAUCCAACAUCUAUGCUGCAUCUGGCAGGUGGGAGGAUGUUGCAAGAGUGAGAGCGGGGAUGAAAGAUAUGAGGUUGAAAAAGACGCCAGGAUGUAGCUGGAUAAGUGUGAAAAGCAGGAUACAUACUUUCCUUGUAAAUGACAGGUCGCAUCCACAAUCAGAAAACAUCCAUGAAACACUGGAAGUCUUGAAAUGGCUGAUGCAAGAUGCAGGGUACGAUGAAAGUCUGGCACAGUAUACCAUGGAUGAGGAAUAA